AUGUCUCCCAUUUCAAAUCUGUUGUCCCAACCAACCUGGCGAAACAUCGGCCUAGGCCUGACCACCACGUUCUUCGCCCUCGGCGCCCUCUCUCUCAUCCGCCCCAUCACCGCCGCAGCCGCCCUCGGCGUCUACCCCAGCACCCCCGAAGGCCACACCAUCAACCAAAAGGCCAUGACCUUCCUCGGUAUACGCGAUGUUGCUGUUGCAACCAGUCUGUUUUGGCUUUACGCUAGGGGACAGACGAAAGAGACGGGUGUGCUGAUGUGCAGUUGGGUGUUGGUGUGUGUGACGGAUACAUGGGUUGCAGUAGAAGGACUGAAGGAAAGAGGGGACAAGGGUGGGAUUGUGGUGUUGGUUGUUGGGGCAGUGAUUACCGCUGUGACGGGGUUGGGGCUGUUGGGAUUGUGA